AUGCAUACACCUUCGCUAUUCUUGGCCUCCGCGGUCGUUCUUUCCUCACUUGCCUCCGCAGAAGGGGAUCGACCAAAGUAUUACUUUCCACGAGAAGUCAAAAGACAAAUAUAUUCAAACAAUACCAUUACAAGCAAUACACCAGCUCAAACAUCGCAUACGAAGGAUGAAUCUACAAUUACAUCUUCAUUCUCAUCCACAAAAGAUCCACUAUCAGAUGAUGGAACUCGAGAUACUACGACGAAUAAGAGGGCAUCUUCAAGUAAUUCAUUCUUGGAUACUUUCUCUUCUAUACUUGGCUUAGGAACGACAACUACGACAUCGAUACCUUUGUCGUCGAGUUCAACUACGAUCAUUCCUACUACUACAAGCAUUCCUUCCAGUAUUCCACCUUUGAGUACAACCGUCGUUAGUGAUGUAUCUUCAAAUGAUAUCACAACAAUUCUAGUUAUGAGUACUGUGACUUUAGGAACUGGAUCUGGUGAAGUUCCCGUGAUUCCACCAACGACAAGUUCGACUUCAACUUCGAUCUUGGCUGUUGAAACAACCUCAUCGCCAAGUGCUCAAUCAACGACGGAAAGUUCAGUUUUAAGUACAGAUUCAAGUUCUAAUGCUGGAUAUACUGGAGCAUCAACUGGAACAAGCCAAACCAUCGUUUCCGUACCUACGACUACUAGUGUUCCGGAACCCACGACUACCAGUUCUUCGACUUCAAUUGUGGAUGGAAUUACAGGUAUUUCGACCGGAGUUGAACCCAGCAUUUCAUCCGUUGAAUCGACCACUUCACCCAGUUCGACUUUCAUUAGCUCAUCAGUACAAUCUGUUGCGACAAGCUCCAAUGCUGGAUUUUCUGGAGCAUCUACUGGUACAUCCCAAACUGUUGUAUCGGCUCCUACAGUCAUUAGUUCUUCUAGCUCAACCGUGGAUGGAAUUACUGGAGUAUCAACUGGAGUAUCUAGCCCAUCAUCCACCAGUUCCUAUGUUCUCGUCGGAGUUUCAUCGGUUACUACAAAAUCGGCUGUCGAACCAAUCAGCAGUUCCAGCAACACUGAUAUUGAUAUUUCUCUUGGAUUAACUGUAGCUCCCACCGGUGUACCCAUAACUACCAGCGCCACUAGCGUCUCUAGUGUCUCAAGCACGUCCGUUUCCGAAGAUUUUGGUAUUUCUGGACCAUCAACAGGUACACCCCCAAAACCUACUGAAACUAGCGCUACCGAAACUUCAACCCAAAGCACUGUUGAUGGAAUUUCUGGUGUAUCCACUGGCACUGUCCCAACUUCCGUUGAAAGUAUUGCUUCCGAGACUUCAAUUCCAUCCUCGAGCUCAGUUGUGGGUAUUACUGGAGCAUCUACUGGAUCUGGUUUAUCAGUAACUGCGCCAGUUUCAGUUCCAACUCCAACCGAGACUCCAAUUCAAAGUUUGACCGUCUCGGGUGUUUCUGGAGUACCUACCGGUACAGCCCCAACCGUUAUUUCCAGUGUUGCCCAAUCCUCAGAAUCUUCUGAAACCUCUGUAGCCACCACUGUCAAAUCUGCAUCUUCCAGUGAUAUCGCUGGAACUGGUUCAGCUCCAAGUACAACUGUAUCCCCAUCUUCAGUCGCAUCAGUAGAUAGUUCUUCAAGCUCAAACCUUCUGGAACCAAUUGUCGCUUCUACAGGUUUAAUCCCAUCCGGUAUUCUCCUUCCUACCACAACUUCUGAAUCCGAUUCUCAAAGUACAUUGGUGACUUCAGCCACUACUUCUUCAGCUAGUGGAAUCACCUUUGGACCAGGUGGAGUUUUAUCCGGCUCAAGUACUAUCACUGCAAGUCCUUCGGAUACAAAUACUUUCCCAGUAUCUGUUCCAACUGACUCAUCAUCUGGUCUUUUGGGAGUCAUUGGUACUGGAUUAACCAGUCUAGUUGGUGGUGUGACUUCCGAUCUAGGAACUGCAGUAUCUCAAGUAACGAGUGCUAUUUUACCAACAGAUUCAUCAGCUGCAACUUCAAGUGCUGGAAUUUCUGGACCUGCUACAGGUGUUUCUUCUGAAACUACUUUGGCUGGUGUUACUGGUCCAUCUACUGCUGCCUCAGAUAUCUCAGUUUCAAACACUGCUACUACAGAUAGUUCAGCACCAACAACUGUUGCUGGAAUUACUGGAAUAUCUACCGGUGUCUCAGCACCUUCAAAUACAGUUUCUGGAAUUACUGGAGCCUCAACAGGAACCGCUCCAAUCUACAGCUCAGAUGCCGCUUCGUCAUCAGCUCCCGGUGAUUUACUCUCAUCCUUGGUCGGUGGAGUAUCUUCCUUGGUAUCUUCCGUUACCUCGGAUGUUCUUCCAACUUCCUUGACUUCCCUUACGGAUUCUGUCGCUUCGGCUUCGGCUUCCUCGGCAGGUAUUAUUGGAGCUACCACAGGUGUAUCUGCCACGGAUUUGAGUGCUACAGCUUCUCCUACUUCCGCUGGAAUUACUGGACCUGCAACUGGUGUUUCAAGUGGAUCUGCAUCUACUACAGCCCCAGCCGGUUUACUAUCAUCUCUUCUAUCUGGAGUAACAUCUGAUUUGUCAUCUGUAACUUCGGAUGUUGGAUCUCUCACAUCUGAUUUACUUACAACUAGUACUGCCUCAGCUACCGGAACAGAAGCUACUGAUUCCGCAUCUGUUAUAGGUACUUUGAACAGUACCAAUGUUUCAAAUACUGCUUCCGCUACAGAUUUGAUUUCAUCCCUUCUAUCUGGAGUUACUUCCGACUUGAGUUCUGCCUUGGCAUCUGAAACCUCGAAUACAUUACCAACUACUACCGCUACUGAUCUGAGUGCUUCUGCAUCAUCUGCAGGAAUUACCGGCCCAGUUACAGGAAUUAGCUCUACUGCUACUGAAUCCUCUGCCCCAACAUCAACUGGUCUUCUUUCCGGUAUUAGUUCUCUUCUCGGAUCAGUAACUUCGGACAUUGGCUCGGCUACUUCAGUUUUAUCUUCGGAUCUUUCUUCUGCUACUUCCAAUGUGACCUCUGAAAUUGGAUCAAUCACGUCAGAUUUAUCUAGUGCCCCAAGUUCAACAAUUCUCAGCGGAACAGGUAUAUCUGCCUCGGCUACAAUCACCUCGGAAAGUGCAUCAGCCACAGGAUUGUUAUCCUCCGUCAUUUCUGGUGUUACUUCCAUUGUUGGUUCUUCCACAGAUCUCUCAUCCACCGCAGCUAGUACUACUACUCCAUCUUCCUCCAGUUCUACUCCAUUGGGAAGUAUAAUAUCGAGUAUAUUUGGCUCUAGCACUGCCAGUGAAUCAUCUGCUACGAUUACAAGUGAUAUAUCAACUGCCACUGGUGCUCCAAAUGCUACAGCUAUUACUUCUGGAACAGAUAUUGUAUCAAGUACAUCCAUUAGCCUUGGAUCUUCUUCUACGAUUUCAGGAACUGUUCUCCCAACCACUGCAAGUGGAAAUAAGACCUCGAUUGCAGUAUCUACAACUGGCCUUUCCACCAGUAUUCAAACCGGAUCUGCUACCACCACAUCCAGUUCAGGAACAGGAGUUAUUACUUUAUCGACUUCCUCUGCAACUUCUGUGACCAGUGGAUCAGCCAAUAUCACCGAUACCUCAAUUUCUGCUUCUUCCGCUUCUGCCUCAAGUCUGUCAAGCAUUGCAACAUCCGUUUCUGCCACAACAACUCCAAAUACAACGGUAACUGAUACAUCUUCAACUGCAGCUUCGUCAGCAACUGUUACCUCUGGAAGUUCAGCUACUACUGCACCAAUUACUUCCGUUCCAUCGACGACUGUUACUCCAUCAACAAUUGCCUCUCCCACUCAGAAAGUAACUACUUCAGUUGUUAAGACUCAAACGGCUAGUGAAACAACAGCUCCUCUCACAAUCUACCCAACAGCUACAAACAACGCUACAUCAAUGUGGCUUCCACAAACCAUCAUUGUUCAAUCUUCAUCAACCCAUCAAGUUACUCCUACCAAUACUGCACUUGCUACAACUUUACCAAAGGUCAUUACACCCAGUGGAUCUAUUCCAACCAGUCCAGAAAACUCUACCUUGAUUCAACUUGGAUUCCUUUUCCAACUUAAUUAUGCAUUUGUUGUUGCCACCCCACUUUCAUCAGCACAAAUCUUCCAAUACCUUCCAAUAGGUAUUGCCAAUGGAUUAGGAAUUAAGCCAGAACAAGUUGUUAUGCACAGUCUUAUUCCAUAUAAUACACAAUCUCAAUUGGAAUACAUCACAACUUUGGCACUCGCUUAUAUUCCCACCAACUUGGUCAGCACAUUGGAACUUGAUUUACAUACACCUACAGCAGCCAUCUACAACAAUGCCGAUCCUUCAGUUAGCACACUUGUUAGCUAUAUCAACCCUUCUAUUCCAUUAACACCUGGAUCAACUCUUGAAGGUGGUUCUGGAACGGGUACUGAUAGUUCUGGCUCAGCAGCAACUACUAGUGCUUCAGGCAAUAGUGGUGUCUUCAAUACUGAUGCUCAAAAUACCUCGCCCAAGGUUAAGAGUACCACAGCUGGUAUUGUUGUUGGAGCAGCAGGUGCAGCAGCUGCUUAUGGUGCUGCCAUGUUCUUCAUCGCCAGAAGAUAUAAGAAACGUAAGCUUAGCCAUCGUCGAUCCAACUCGAUCAUGAAUGCAUCAGAAAUGAGACAAUCUGGUGCUUUCACUGGUGGUGCUUUCAUGUCUGGUGGACGUUUGACACCUGGUAUUGGAGGAACCGAUAGAAAUAGUGGAGGAAGUGGAAGAAGUGCAGGACAUUCAGCACGUACACAACAAAUCUCGGCACCAAUGAUGGCGGAGAAUUCAUUGGGAUGGAAUUGA